CAUCCAUCCACAGCUCAUCGCCCGGCUGCCGCGGCUCGCGAGAGCAGCAACGUCUCCUCCCCCCAAAGCCAAACCAAACCCCCCGGGUUCCUUCCUUCCGUUCCGCCUCGCGCUCCCAAAGCCAAAACCGCGGCUCCCCCUUCCCCUGCCUCCCCUUCCCAGCAAUCCCCAGAACCCUAGAAUUCCCUCUCCCCCCGCCCCAUCGAAUGCGCGAAUCGCAGGCGUAGCGAGAUUCCCAUUUGCUGUGCCACUUGGGAGUUUCUCAAAGAACAGUCAGGUUACACAAGAUGAACACAGGAUUCAGCUCAGAGAUCUUUGCGCAGAAGCUUGCGAGGCUUAAUAUCUCACAACAGAGCAUAGAGACUUUAUCACAUUGGUGUGUCUUUCACCAUCGUCACUGCGAGCAAGUUGUUGAAACAUGGGAUAAAGAUUUUCACUCAGCUCCUCAAGAGAGAAAGAUAUUUCUGCUGUACCUCGCAAAUGAUAUUAUACAGAACAGUAAGAAGGAGGGCAUGAGGUAUAUAAGUGAAUUCUGGAAGGUCAUCGAGGCUGCUUUAGAUGACUUGUUCACCAAUGGUGAUGAUUUUGGAAGGAACGUUGUACAAAGACUGGUUAACAUAUGGGAGGAUCGCAAAUUGUUUGGCCCCCAAGGACAACUUCUGAAGGAAGAGUACACAAGAAAAUUCAAGGAGCUCAAGUCGAACAAAUCUGGUGGAGAGCUAGUGGAGAAGGUUAUCUCGAGCUACAAGCACAUGCUGAGCGCUCCUAUAGAUGAGGAUAAGUUAAUGCGGAAAUGCAACAGUGCUCUUAGCUUUGUUGACAAUCUCAACAAAGAAUAUGGAAACUCUCAUCCAGGGAGUAGCAAUGGAUCUGGCUUUGUGGAGGAGCUGCAGCAACAACAUAGUAUCCUGAGAAGCACCAUUGAACAAUUCAAAACGGCUGAAUCACUCAGAGCCACUCUGGUUUCUGAUUUGAAGGACUCACUUCAUGAGCAGGAGUUCAAAUUGGAACUAGUCAGGCACCAACUUCGGGCAGCUCAGGCCCGAUAUAAGAAAGCUGAUGAGGUCUGCCAGAAGCUUGGAAUAGAUACAGAAAGGCAGGAGCCAACUAAUAAAGCGCUUGACAAUGUUGGUUCUCUUGGGAAGGGACAAUCGGCUGCAGUGAUGUAUUCACAGGAAGGAGAUGGAGGUGAGCACGAGACCCUCAAUGGUAUUUUUUCUUCACAAGCCAUCAGGAACAACGUUGAGCAGAAAAUAGAAGAGCACUCUUCUGGUAAUAAGAGGCUGAAACUAGAGAAUGGUAUAUGUGUUCCUCAACCACAAGCACCCCCACCCCCACCCCCGUUCCCGCAUCCUGAUACAUUUGAACAGCCACCGCCGCCGCCUCAGUAUCCUCCAUCACCAGAGUCUAGCCCACCACCACCACCUUCAAUGCCGCCCCCAAUCCCACCACCACCGCCGCCGCCUACAACAAAUGAAUAUAUGCCAGUCCCUGCUGCUCCAAUGGCAGGAAUGAUGCCAUACAACGCUUUCCCACCAUUUCCUCCAUCUCUGAACUAUCCCAUGAUCAACAUGCCUCCACCUUUCCCUGUUGCUCCAAACUCUCAUCAAGGUCAAGGUUACUAUGGAUCAGGGGGUCAGUUCUACGGCCCUCCUUUCCCCUCGGCACCCCCGCAAUAAACAGAAAAUGAGAGUAGUUUCUUCACCAGCAGAUUAGUAGUGCCAGCCAGCAUAUGAGAUCUAUAUGAAACUUUGGGAAACUUGCGAUAGGUUUCAUCUUAUUGAAGAUGGGCAUGUGAUGAUUCAUCACCAUAUGUGUUGUGGAGUCUGGAAGGCUGUUGUACAUUUUAGUCAGUUAGUUAGAUAUUUAACUGUCUGGCUGUUCCUGUAAGUCAUGGAGUGGAAAAUCCAAAACUGUAGAUUCUGAAAUGCUUGGAUUCUGUUCUGUUAACCCAAGAAACCGGGAUUCUGACAGUCGAGGACGGUCGCUUGUCUAGCAUGACAUAUUUGUAGCUCAUUGUAGCCUGUGUUCUCUGCAAAGAUUAGCUGUCCUUGUGAUGGUAUCGGAAUUAUUAUUUUGUUCUGUUGAA